GGUUUCUCCAAGCAGUGCGUGCAGCACUUCCUCUCACGUUAGGACUCCUUAAGUUUUUAAGCUCCUCUUGUUGCUGCAGCGGCAGGAGAACCACCUCAGAUCCGAGUAGGACAGAGAGUCAAGCUCGUCUCAGCAUCUCUCUGUACUGACAGAAGCCAGGGAAAUUCAUAUGAAGUUUGCAUCAUUUCGACAAAGUUCUUUUUAUUUUAUUUAUUCAUUUUUCUAAUUUUUUUGUUUUUUGUUUUUUUUGGCAGCAGCAUAAGCAAUACCUGCACUGAAAGAGAAGAAAGAGAGAGCUACACAGUGGGGGAAAAAAACACUUGGAUUUGCCUCCUAUUUUUUCUUUUUUUUUUUUUCAUUUUCUUAAAUUGUUUUUCCUGCUGAUAAAACGAGGACAGUGUGAUACCUGCAGAUUCAAGGUGCCUUAUGGCAAACUUCCAAUGCGAUGCUGGAGUGACUUCAACCAAUAGAUAAACAGACUCCAGCGAACCAAAAUGAAAGACGAAUUUACUGAUGAAGAGGAGGUGCAGUCCUUCGGCUAUAAACGGUUUGGAAUUCAGGAGGGUACUGAGUGCACAAAGUGUAAAAAUGACUGGGCACUAAGGGCAGCCAUCGCUCUCCUCUAUGUGCUCUGCGCGCUGCUCACUAUAGCAGUGACUGUCCUUGGGUACAAAGUUGUCCAAAGGAUGGACAAUGUCACAGAGGGCAUGCAGAAUUAUGGAGGCAAGAUCAAUGCUGUCGAAACAGACUUAAAGAAACUAGAUGAUCAAGCAGGAGAGAAGUCCCUCAAUGCCACCAGUGAAAUCAAUACCUUCAAAUCAGAUCUGGAAGUGUUACAAAACCAACUGAAAGACAUUAGCAGUAGAGCAACAAGCAACAGAGACAUGUUAGAAGACCUGCUAGUCACAGGAGACAAUAUGCAGAAUGGCCAUGUCUCGCUUCAAAGUGUUCUGGAUGGCAACGCAGACUCACUGCGUGGGAUCAAUCAAUCCUUGGCUUCCUACAGUGGAAUGAUUGACGACCUCCAGGCAGACACUGCACGACUCCAGUCUGAGCUCCAGGAGCAGGUCAAAGUGCAGAGUGAGACUCAAGUGAAUGUCAAUUCACUUAAUAUCACCCAAGGACAGCAGCGCAACUUGCUUGGCUCGCUACAGAAGACAGUUGAAGAUGUUAGUCAGGCGGUGCAGAAACUGAAGAAUGACUAUCAGAUUCUGCAGCAAACAGCCAAUCAUACGCGUUCAGACUCACAGUGGCUGAAAGAAAAGGUCCAGAAUCUUCAGGUUUUGGCUGCAAAUAAUUCUGCCCUGGCCAGCUCCAAUGGAGACACACUGGAUGACUUGAGAACCCAGCUUAAUGCUUUGGCCAUCCAAAUCCAGAAUACCUCAGCCAUCACAGAGAGUUAUGACCAAGGCUUGCGUGAGAUGAUGGAUCGCCAGAGAGACAAUGAUAAUGCCACCUCAUUAAAGUUUGAUGAGAUGGAAGUACGAUUGGACAAGCAUGAGAACACCAUGGACCGUGUGACAGGAAACAUGAGCUUUGCCACGCAGAUCUUGGGUGUCAUCAGUUCUGACCUGUCCGGCCUGAGAUCCUGUGCUGAGACAGUGAUGAGGCAUACGGACCUGCUAGCAGACUUGAAUGCCACCAUGGAAGAGGCCAACACCAACAGCAAAGAUCUGCGCACACAGCAGGAUGAGCUUGCAGCCAGGUUGGACCAAGAGGUGAACAACCUGUCCAAUGUGAUGGAGGAGAUGAAGCUGAUAGACAGCAAACACUCACAGCUUAUUACAAACUUCACCAUUCUGCAGGGUCCGCCAGGUCCAAAAGGCUCCAGAGGUGAUAAAGGUCCCCAAGGGCCGAUGGGCCAGACAGGACAGAAGGGAGAUAAAGGAGACAAAGGAAUUCCAGGCCUGGUUGGACCAAAAGGAGACCGAGGUCCUACUGGACUAGCAGGUGCGACAGGUCCAAAAGGUUCCACUGGUGCUCGGGGGCUUCCAGGACCUAAAGGGUCUAGAGGCUCUGGAGGCAGACCUGGAAAUCCUGGUGAGAAAGGUGACCCUGGAGCAAAUGGGUACCCUGGAGCCAAUGGAAAUCCUGGAUUGCCAGGGCCACAAGGGCCACAGGGACUUAAAGGAGCAGCAGGACCUCCAGGCUUAGAGGGGCCUCGUGGGUCUGUUGGCCCAAUUGGCCCUGCUGGUCCUCCAGGCCUUCCAGGCUUGCCUGGCCCUGUGUCUUCUGUCAAUAUAAAAGCAACCAGAGCCCCUCAAGUCAUCAAACCUCCCCUACCGACUUUAGCCUCAGUACCAACAGAGAAAUCAAAAGACUCUGCACAGGAACAGCCCCCAGCUGCUGUUUCCACCCCAACACCUGGUUGUCCUCCAAAGUUCAGAAAGUUUGGGGACAGCUGCUACUACUUUUCUUCUGGUUCCCAGAGACUCAACUUUAAUGAAGCAAACAAGUUCUGUAAAAACAUAACAUCCCAUAUGCUCAUAAUCAAUGACAAUGAAGAACAGCAAUUCAUAAGAAAUGCCAUUUCAAAGGACUAUUUCUGGUUGGGUCUUACUGACAAGGAAGAAGAAAAUGUCUGGAAGUGGGUGGAUGGAACCAUACCGAUUUUUACAAACUGGAAACCUGGUCAGCCCGAUAACUGGACUCACGGUCAUGCAAAUGGAGAGGAUUGUGCGGGGGGAAAAAACAAUAUUUAAAGGAAGGAGAAAUAUCUUGUUGUCAACACCCUAGCGAUGCCUCUCUUCACGACCAACCCCUUUGACCAAGAUGUUGAGAAAGCAACCAGUGAGAUGAACACAGCUGAGGACUGGGGCCUCAUUCUGGACAUAUGUGAUAAGAUAGGGCAGUCCCGCACUGGGCCGAAAGAAUGUCUCCGCUCCAUAAUGAGAAGAGUGAACCACAAGGAUCCCCACGUAGCCAUGCAGGCAUUGACUCUCCUCGGCGCUUGUGUUUCAAAUUGUGGUAAAAUCUUCCACUUGGAGGUUUGUUCUAGAGAGUUCGCCAGUGAAGUCAGUAACGUCUUAAAUAAGGGUCACCCGAAAGUGUGUGAAAAGCUGAAGGCGUUGAUGGUGGAGUGGGCAGAGGACUUCCGCAAUGAUCCGCAGCUCAGCCUGAUCUCAGCGAUGAUCAAGAAUCUACGCGAGCAAGGGGUCACCUUCCCAGCUGUGGGGUCCCAGGCUGCAGAGCAAGCAAAAGCAAGUCCAGCGUUGGUGGCAAAGGAUCCCUCCACCACCACAAACAAAAAAGAGGAAGAAGAUCUGGCCAAAGCUAUCGAGCUGUCGCUAAAGGAGCAACGACAGCAACCGCAGGCGUCCCUGUCGAGCCUUUACCCGAGCACUUCUCUUCUCUCUACACACAAGUCCGACGGCAGAAAAGUCCGCGCCAUCUACGACUUCGAGGCUGCGGAAGACAACGAGCUCACUUUUAAGUCCGGAGAAAUCAUUACCAUCCUGGACGACAGUGACCCCAACUGGUGGAAAGGGGAAACGUACCAGGGAAUCGGCUUGUUCCCUUCUAACUUUGUCACCGCUGAUCUCACUGCAGAACCUGAGAUGAUGAAGACAGAGAAGAAGACUGUACAGUUCAGCGAGGACAUCCAGGUGGAGACAAUAGAGCCUGAACAGGAGCCUGUAUAUAUAGACGAGGACAAAAUGGAUCAACUGCUCCAGAUGAUUCAAAGUGCAGAUCCUACAGACAACCAGUCGGACAGCGUGGAGUUACUCCAGCUAGAAGGUGCAUGUAAUCAAAUGGGACCUCUGAUUGACCAGAAGUUGGAGGACAUAGACAGGAAGCACUCUGAGCUGUCAGAGCUAAACGUAAAGGUCAUGGAAGCGUUGUCUCUAUACGCAAAGCUGAUGAAUGAAGAUCCAGUGUAUGCCAUGUAUGCUAAGCUGCAGAGCCAGCAGUAUUACGUGCAGCAGCAUGCUAGCGCGGCACAGCAGGUCUACCCUGGUCAGCCCGCGUCGGGGACAUAUGCCAUGAGCGGCACCGGGGUGCAAGGCUAUACGGUUCCUGUGGAGCAGCUUCCCACAGGACCCAUUCCGGGUCAGCCAGCUCCCAGCGAUGUCCACAUGUACAUGGGUCAGCCACCGGUCUACGUCGCAGCGCCUGGUGCUAUGGCUCCAGCAGACAUUCAGUCCUACCCAAACCCAGCCAGUGCUGCGGGCCCCGCACCGUGCACAGCUCCUGCGAACUACAGCGUCCCCUCUGGCACAAGCUUAGCACCUCCCUCAGACGUCCCGCAGGCCCCUUACUCAGAGAAAGCCUUGCUAUAGGCCCCCCUCCUUCUCCUCCUUACAGAUAGGAUAAACAAACACACAUUGCCACCCCACGGUAAGAAGUAGUUCAUUCUUGUUCCCGUUAAGGAGGAGCAGCAGGUUUGAUAAUUUGAAUUGUAUCAGGCAAACACUGGCGUUUGGUGCACCUUGUGUUUUAUUUGGCAAAUAUACAUGUGAGAAUACAGUUACUUCUUUCUGUUGGUCAUGAGGUAUUCAAAAGGUUUUGAUUUGAGCUGACAAGUAUGUCAUUUUGAAGGUUUUAAUUUAUUAUUUUUUUGAUCAUCUUUGCACAUUUUUACCUCCUCGGCUGCUGUUAGAUGGGCUGGUUUAUGUUUUGUUCAUGGUAUAAUUCUAAGUACCUAAUCUAAAUCCGGCCAGCAUGAAAUCCACUUUUUAUGUACAAAAUCUGACUAUAAAUAAUUAAGCAAUGCUCGAUUUAAAGUUUUAUGGACAUUAUUAUUACUUUAUGUUUGUUUUUCAAAAACUAUAAAGACCCAUUUAAAAGGGUCUUGCCGACCUGUUUUUAAAUAAUUUUGUAAACAAAAAAAUAUCAUUUGAAUUCUUUAUUUUCGAAUCUUGAAUUUCUAAAUAUGAUUGCCACUAUCUGGACAUGUAGACUCAUCUUACACUUAGAGGUUAUAAUAGCUUACCAGUAAAAUCCAUAUGGUGGAUCUGAAUAAAUUUAUUAGUCACAGAAUGAUAAGUUGUAGACAUUUAUUUCAGUAAAUUUUGAUGAUUGUGGCUUAAAAUUCAACAUGUCACAAAAUUAGAAUAUAACUUAAAAUUCAUUUAAAACAAAAAGAAAAGCAUUUUGGAUGCACCCAAAUUGCUGAAGGAACUUUGCUUCACCAGUCCUUUCAACACUGUGUUCUCACUGUUGCUAGUAUCCCUUUUUUCUGCUCCACUUUUUCCUUCCACUGAACUUUCCACUCAAACUCUUUAAUGAGAAUUUGAGAGGAAUAGCCAACUUUUUAAAAUUAUUGUUUUGUACUCUCCUUGUGAAGAUUGACUGUGAGUGCUGGACAACUGUCAAUGUAAGGGUCUUCCUCAUGGUUAUAUUGCCCAUAACAUGGACAAAAUGUAAAAUAAGUUUUCUUAGAAACUCGCGUUUGAGUUUGUUUUUAAGCCAUAAUCAUCCAAAUGAGCAGAAACAAACACCUAAAACAUAAUUUUGAGAUUCACCUGUGAUUAUUAGAAUUUGUCCCAUAUUUCUUAAAAAUGUGAGCUUUUUGUAAACAAAACAAGUUUUACCAAUUAGAGUAAACAAGUGUAACUGCAGCUGCUGUAUAAUAAUUUAGAUAAUCCACGUAACGCAUGAAAUCCACAGCAGUUCUUUGACAACACUAACAGGCCUACACACUGUAUGUAGACUAAAACACUAACAUUGAGACACAUUCAGGGUGCCACGGUAAUCUCAUCCACUACAGCCAAUUUCAGCCCCGUUCUUGCCACAAAAGCUUUAAGAAGUACUGAAAACUGAAGCCUCUUUGAUUUCUGGAGGGAAAGAAAACAAGGACAGCAGAAGCAUGAACAUGACAUUUGUAUAUACUGUAUUAAAAUAGACCCCAGGAGGUUGGCUGUGUGUUGGCACAGCUCUCGCAGCCAUAAAACUAAAUUCUGCAGUCUUUGCAUGUACCUGGUGAAUUAAAGGUGUAUUAGCCAUCCCUACAUGCCCAUUUUCCUUUUCGAUCCAAGCAGCUUUGCAUCCUUUCUCAGAGGGUUGCAGUCCUCUGUGUUUAUCAGGGCUGUGCUAACAUGCGUGCACCACCAGCUUGGCUACAACGGGGGAAAAACUCUGAGCCCCACUGAUUUUUUUUUUCUUUUUCUUAAACAUCUCGUUUGCCUUUGUUUUUUUGGGGUUUUUUGUAGCGCUUUCUAAUUUAUGCUUAAUUAUUCUGAUGAUAUUUUUAAUGAAGUAUUGCAGGAUGUAUGUAUUCAAAGAAUAGAGUGGAAUGUGCGAUAUUCUGCCUAACUUAGUUGUAUAUUUCAGACGAGAACCUGGACUGGUUUCUCUUAUUGUACUGUAGGUUAAAUGGCGACAUUAGAACUGGCUGAAUUCGAGCCCACGUGUGUUUUCUGUGAUUUUUCUCAGACUUGAGGGAAGUUUCUGAUGAAGAGGCAUUAGUUGAAGAUGUUUAGUUGCUAACUCUCACCCAACAUUAGAUGAUGCAUUUAGUGUGUUCUUAGUCCUGAAUAAUUUAUAUGACUUCUACAUGUAGCAAGUCUUUAAGAAGGAUUUGUUGGUUGGAAAAACAGAUUUUCAAUAAGCUAAUAAAAUGGAAAACUAAAGUUGUUUGUGUUUUAUAUUUAACUAUGCUUUGUGAAGGAAAUUUGAAGUACGAAUGCUGAAGUAAACUUUAGAGUGGGGACAAGUUUCUGUACUCUGGACAAACAUUUCUGAUUUCAUUUUUUCUUGUUUCAAAUGUGUAAAUGUCUUGCCAUCCGCGUGCCACCUUAAGAAUGCAAAACAACUUUUAAUUUAGACUUGGUACUCAGACUCCAUUUUGGAGAAUUUUAUUUAAAUAUUAAUAUAGUUGAGACAAACUAAAUGAGUCAAAUCGACCGUGUUCAACCAGAGUAGCUGUUCUGGGACCAGGAGAGAAGGAGCCAGUUUGUUGUCAUACGUCAUCCGAACCAAGCAUUUUAUUGCACCACAGUGUUGGACUGCAGCCCCAAUGUAACUUUUUUUGUUUUUGUACAGGAUUGAGAUGCUGCCUGUUCUUAAAUUUAAUCUCAGCGUUAUUGUAAAGGUUCUGUCCAAACUUGUACUCUGCUGUUUCUAUGUAUUAUUUUAACCAUACCUAAUAAUUGGUAUACAAUAAAACCAGGUCAAGUGUACAGAG